AUGGCAAACCAAAUGUCAAAGUCUUUCUGUUUCUUUGCUCUGAUGGCUUUAUUUUUUGCAGUUCAAUUUAUUCAGAUAGACGGUGAUGAGUGCACAAAAAUUGUGGGUAACUGUGAGGUAGCUGAUUGCACUGAUCAAUGUAAUUCAUUUGCCGAAGGGCGUGCGAAUGUUUUAAAAGCAUCAUGCUCAUUCUUAAACUUAUGCACUUGUACUUUUGAUCGACCACCACCAAUAACAAUUCCAACACCUACUUGCGAUAUUGGAUUGGGAGUUUGCGGUAAUGCCUGUAACUAUGAUUGUUGCCAAGAAAAGUGUCAAAGUAGAUAUUCUAAGACGAGUUUGGGGAGAUGUAGAAAAAUCUUUAAUCGAGAUAUUUGCCUUUGUACCUAUGCCCCUUGA